CUCCGAGAUGCUGUUUUUAAUUCAUCCAAAAAUUUAAUAAAGGUAGGAAAAUAUUUUCUUCAAUGGAGCUGGGAAGUAUAACCGAGUUCCUGAACAACAAGUCCAUUUUGGUCAUUGGUGCAGCUGGAUUUCUUGCGAAGAGUAUUGUCCCCUCUCAAAAGAAAUUUAUUUCCUCAAGACUUACGAAUUUAUUUUUCGUGGAGAAGAUAUUGAGGGUUCAACCCAAAGUGAAGAAGCUUAUGGGAUUUGAGAGUGCGAUCACAUCUUACAUGAAGGAUUAUGGCUCUAAACGGGCCAGGAUGUUUGGAUGGCCAAACACUUACGUAUUUACCAAGGCAAUGGGAGAGAUGCUCCUAGUCCAUUAUAGUAGAGAUACAGUACCUCUAGUCAUUAUCCGCCCUACUAUGGUAACAAGUACUUACCAGGAGCCGUUUCCCGGUUGGAUUGAAGGUGUAAGGACCAUUGAUGGUGUCGCUGUUGGCUAUGCUAAAGGGAAUUUGAAACACUUAACGUUCAAUCCAAAGUUAACAGUCGACGUGAUACCAGCUGACAUGGUAAUCAAUGCUCUUAUAAUGGCCAUGGUGGAAUGUGCAAACCGAUCCACUACUUCAGAAAUCAUUUAUCAUGUAGGAUCUUCAUUGAGAAAUCCGUUCAAAUUCUCAAAUUUUCAAGAACUAAGCAUGCGGUACUUCGUUCAAAAUCCGUUGAUUGACAAAGAUGGAAAGCCAAUAAAGGUUGGCGAGUUUACAGCUUUCAGCUCCAUGGCUAGUUUCCGUAUAUACACGGCGAUUUGUUAUUCGUUGCCAUUAAAGGUUUGAUCAACAUAGCUAAUUUAGUUCAGCUGCGUCUCAAUUUCCAAUUCUUUGGCAUUACUUUAUUUUCACAUUUCGUUAUGUCCAUCAAAAUUUAGUCUAUUUCUAUGGUUCAUAUUGUUCACACAUCACCUGCAUCAUCAUAGGUCCAUCGU